AUGCAACCGUCUUUUCUGGAAAUUCCUGAUAUUCCAAUGGAAAUGAUAAUGAAUAACUUGGACUAUCUUUCAAUUCGAUCCGUUCGCAAAACUUGCUGGGACCUCCGGAACUUUAUUGAUGACAUGAAACCGGGAAUCUACAUGAAACGAAUUGAAAUUAAUGAAACGUCCGAUACAGCAGUCAAACUGGCAAUCAAUGGCCCACUCUGCAGGAAAUUUAUACCCGAAUCGCUUCCAGCCAACACAUAUAUCGACUUAACUUAUGAAAAACAUGAAAACGGAUGCAGAAUUUCAAAUAAAACAAGUGAAGGAUCCAAAAUAAAAAUUGUGGAAAACUUGAACUUUCUGGAUGCCGUUUUUCAUGAUUUCAAAGUUGCCCUAAACACUCAAAAGUCAAUAUUCAAGAGGGUCACUGCAAUUGGAAACACCUUUUUUGAAAAAUUCGCAGAAAUGGCGAAGUCACAAAAACCAUUUGCAACUGAAUCAAUCGAAAUCCACACGGAUUCACCGCAACACGCCCGUCAAAUCAUGCGGUGUGCGGACCCAAAAUACCUCAAGGAAAUCUACACCCGGAAGACAAUCAAAUCAAUCGGUAUUAAUCCGCGUGAGCACGUUGUCAUUAUUGAGGCUGUGAAGUUGGAAUCGUCGGAAAACAUUCAGAACCUCUUUCAUUUUUCUAUUUAUUCUAUUCUGUUAGAGCAUCCAAGAGUGAAGAUGAUUCAAGCAGUAAAAGAGAACUUUCUUCAAUUCCAUGAGUACAAUAAACACUUGGUCGUGAUCAGUAACCUCGGAAAAAACUUGUUCAUCGAUACUUUUGGAGUUGCUUUUCAGCCGCCUGGAGUGAAGGAUGAAAUUUGGUUUUUUAGUGUUCCUGAAAAUAAAGAAAAAGUCCUUAAGGCGUGUAAGAGCGUGGUAAAAUUGGAGUUCUUCUUCAUUGAAAAAUGUGAGGUUCCAGAAGGUUAUGUGAUUCUCGAUUGA